AUGCAAUUUAUGCUGUGAGAAGAUUCCACACUUUAAACCAACUAUGGCAGCUGUGGCUUAUGGUUCGGGAUUAGUAGUUUUAAAUUCUGAUUAGUUCCUCAACGGAAUGAACAGCACACACAAUGGCAUCGAAGCAACGCAACAACAAAUUAAGUGAAGGAACUAAAACGCUGCAGUGAAGUGGCCCCUCUACGCCUCCACGGAAAACUCAGCUGGUGGUCGAAUCGAAACGAACCGUAAACUAACUAUACAUGAUAGGGGCAAAACACUAAAAGCAAACAUAGUUACAAAAACAAAAUGAAACAAAUAUUAUUUUAUGGCGUAGCAAAUGCCGCUAUGGCUGUGGCUGCGCUAGCACACAGUGCCGUAGCGAGCCUUAGCUAUAAUUCAAGCGCAAUACAGAAUAAAGGCCUGCAACAUACAACAAUAGGGGCAACACCAAAGCUUUCGCUCUCCUCCAGCUCUACAAAUUACGAUUUGCCACUAUGGGAGUUGGCAACGCUCACGACAGCAGCUGCCGUAGCCACGACAGUCACAAGCGCCAGCAAGGACAACACCUUAACUCGCAGUAAGUUAGAGGAUGAAGGCGAUGGCGGCAGUGGUGAAGUUGUGGGUUUUAUAGAUAAUUUGAUGCACACCAUGAGCACAACAGCGAACUUUGCCGACUACGACAACAGUACAGCGUUGGACGUGGAUUACGCGGCCACGGAAACACCAUUCGUACCCUACGUGCUACGACCAGAAACAUACAUCGUACCGGUACUUUUCGCGCUAAUCUUCAUAGUGGGCGUACUGGGCAAUGGCACACUGAUUGUUGUCUUCUUAGGCGUGCGACAGAUGCGAAAUGUGCCGAAUACUUAUAUUCUCUCCCUGGCGAUUGCUGACAUUCUGCUCAUUGUCACCACGGUGCCACUGACCUCUACAGUCUAUACGGUGGACUCAUGGCCUUGGGGCAGCUUCCUGUGUACGCUGUCUGAAUUUAUUAAAGACGUAUCGAUUGGCGUUUCCGUUUUCACACUUACUGCGCUCUCUGGCGAUCGGUACUUUGCUAUAGUGGACCCACUAAGGAAAUUUCAUGCACACGGUGGUGGCAAACGUGCCACACGUAUGACCAUCGCCAUUGCUGUGUUCAUUUGGUUCUUGGCCAUUAUCUGUGCUAUACCUGCGCUCUUAGGCACCAAUGUUAAGAAACUCGAAAUCAAUAGCAGCAAAUCGUUCUCGGUGUGCUACCCCUUUCCCGAGGAGUGGGGCGCGCAGUAUGCAAAAAUUAUGGUGAUGAUGCGCUUCUUGGUCUACUACGCUAUCCCCUUAAGCAUAAUCGCUGCUUUUUAUGUGCUAAUCGCACGGCAUUUGGUGUACGCAGCAAGUGUGCCCGGCGAGAUGCAGGGAGCGGUGCGACAGGUGCGCGCACGUCGAAAGGUGGCUGUGACGGUGCUUGCAUUCGUGCUUAUAUUCGGGAUUUGCUUUUUGCCCUACCACUUCUUCAUGAUUUGGUUCUACUAUUGGCCAACCGCCCAGGAUGACUACAACUCCUUUUGGCACGUCUUGCGUAUCGUCGGCUUUUGCUUAUCCUUUGCCAAUAGCUGCGCUAAUCCGGUGGCUUUGUAUUUUGUGAGUGGCGCCUUCCGCAAGCAUUUCAAUAGAUACUUGUUUUGUCAAGGGUCCGGCGUACGACACAAAAAACGACACCCACACAACGAUACCCUCUGCAUGCAUCGUGAUGCAUCGCUCACUAGUACCGCAUCAAAGCGCUAUUAUUCUUCAACUCGACGUUCAACGUGCCACCAUCAUAGUACCACACGAAGCCGUUUACAAGAGACCACCAUUACCAUGAUGGCGAAUGGCAAUCACAAUGGCGGCCCGCCCACCGACAUCUCUGACGUCGCAUUAGCCAGUGAGUUCUGCGAGCGUUCGCAUCACUAUCAACAACAUCCGAUGCAGCCUACACAUCAACAACAAUAUCGCCAAAUCUCACUUAUGUGAGAAAGCCAAACAAGAGGGCGCAGCCACCAAUCUGCGGCAGAUACAGUUGUAGCAACAUCGAAAGCAAAAACAACAGCCACUUUUCCAAAUAUAAAUGAUGGACUUGCAACAACUACAACUGAUGCAGUGCUGACAAGGUCAGAGAUGCCUGCAAGUUGUAUCGAGAUGAGCGAUUUAACUGUAUUGAAAGAAGAGUUGCCCGAAAGGGCGAACAAUUUGAAAGCACUACACGAGCAGCAGCAACAACAAAAGUUGCAGCAAAAAAAUAAGAAUAAACAACGUGGCAUACAUUUUCAUCUGGUCGGUUUCACGCAAAUUUAAAAAUUCUGCCGCAACUUGAAUGCAACGAAUUAAGCCAAAAGAAGAAUUUUAAUGCGGAAAAUAGCUAAAAAAAUUAAACUUAUUCUAAUGUAAGUUGUAUAUAUUUAAAUAAAUAAAAUAUGUACUAAUAUAAUAAAAAUAUACUUAAAAAAUAAAACUAAAUUUAAAAAAUUAAAUGGAAUUUUAACAAAGUGAAGCCCACAUGAUUUUUAACACGGUUUAUAACUUUUGUGGUUUAUAACUUUAUCAAGUAAUAUAUGUACUUAUAUAUGUAGGUAUAAUAAAAUCCCAAAACUAUAUGUUACAGUUGAAAAAUUCUGGAAUAAAAAUUAUAUUUUGUGAUUUUUGAACCACUUACCAAAUGCAGAUUUAUACAGUAAAUAUAAAAAUAUAUUUUAAAAGCGUAUAAAAACCUGGUCUGUUUGCAUUGAAUGUAAACUUUGUAAUAUAAAAUAGUAUCUAUAUAUUGUAUAUUUACACUAAACUAAUGAAAUGUGCGAAAACAGUUUGUUGUAACUGCUAUGAUUGUUUAAAUAUAAAUAGUAAUUUUCUAAAUGUAAUUUUUUUUAUAUUUUUAAAUCUGUCUCAUUUCUAAUCAAUAUUUUGAACUAUCAGAAAAUUUUCAAACGCUUUAAACCAAAAUAGAAUUAAUUUAAAUUUUAGUGUAAUAUUUCCACACGUAGGAAUAAGCAAUUAUAGGCCAAAAAUGUAUUUAUCGAUCGUUUGCUAGAAGAACGUCAUAACCUGAACAAUUUUAGCUUCUACUUUUAUGCAAUGUAAAACAUGCAAGGCAGUCAGUGAUGGUAAAUGAUUUUUUGGAAAAUCCCUACACAGCCCAAAAAAAUUCCCUACUUUUCCCUACGCUUACAAAAAAUGUUCCCUAUACAAUUCCCAACAUUUUCUCUCCUGUGUUUACACUAUAAUGAGGCACUUGCAACAUCAAAAUUUAAUUAUUUGCUU